AUGAGUUCCUCUUUUGAUUUGGAACAUUUUAUUAUCGAGAUAUCUCAAGAAGAGUCCAUUUGGAAUUUAGAAUCAAAAGAUUAUCACAACAAGAUUAAAAAAUAUAAAAGUUGGUCCAGGGUUGCAAAGGAUACUUUAAAUGAUUUUGACAGUCUCGACGAAACUGGGAAGAGAGAAAAAAUCAUUGAAUUGCAAAAAAAGUGGAAAAACUUGCGAGACACAUACAAAAAAAAAAUGUAUUACAAAGUCUGGCCAGGCAGCUAA